AUAAUUUCUUUAUUAUCUAUGAAUUUAAGACGUAACAAACGGCUGUAACUUCUGAAGAAUAAAUAGCUGUUAUUUUAUUAUGUUUCCUAAAACCGUUCAUAGUUUCUAGCUUGUUGUUGACGUAUACUGAAUACCGAAAUUCUAACCACAAACCUCAACCUCAACGGCCAUUUUUCAUUUUGGAAUUUGUCCGUCUGAUAAACUCUUCUACACCAUCGGCAUUUCCGAGUUUCUGAUUCAUCAGUAUUCUUUAGUCAUUACUCUGUGCACAGUUAUCAUCUCAACACAAGACAUCUCACUGGUCAGUAAUCUGCUAUUUUUUUCGUUUUAUUGUAUAAGUUCUUUUAUUUGUCUCCACUGUACCGUCCGUUAGGCCUACCGGCGGUCACUUGUUUUACAUGUUCAUUUGCACGAUACUAACUUCGUUUCAAAUAAUCAUCAGAAAAAUCAUGGGCAACCCAAAUGAAGAACGUACAUUCAUUAUGAUCAAGCCCGAUGGCGUGCAACGUGGUUUGGUUGCAAAAAUCAUCAAACGGUUUGAGACAAAAGGAUUCAAAUUGGUGGCCAUGAAGUUUGUUUGGGUAAAUCUUAAUCUAGUUUACAUAACAUGGUUUUUUUUUUUUUUUAUUAUUUUCAUUAAUAUAGUUGUUCAAUAUAGGUUCAGUUAAUUGUAUUUGGUAUUGAGCACUUGUGCUCCAUACAUAAGGGCCUGAGGUACAAGACAUGUUAAUACUCAAUACCUACUCAAUAAUAAACUAAAAAAAAAUAAAUACUAUACCAUUAUCUUGUAUUCUGUAUUAAAAAUAAUUGUUGGCCUUUCUUUUCAUUUUCAAUUAGCCAAAAUUAUCUUAAAUGAUUCAUCUGAAUUUAUUCCAUAAACUGUUCUAGCAUUUUUUUUUUUCAAUUUUCCAUUACAAAUUAUCUAGUUAGUUUAGUUCUAUUUAAAAUUAAGUUUUACAUAAAUAUAAUUUAUUAUUGAUUGACAAAUGCUUAUCAUACCUACUCUUAAGUACCUAAUUUUAGAAUUUGUCUUCAUUUAUAAUAUACAAUUUGUAAAUUUGUACCUAAAGGGCUCAGUUAGCGACAUGGGUUUAGAGUAAGAAACAAACAUAUUACUUAUUAUUAAUACAUAUAUUUACAUACCACGCUUUAUGUGAAAAGAUAUUAAUGACACUCACAGAAUUUUUGUUAGAGUAAAGUUAUAUCUACAGAUUAAAAAUAAUUUCACUUAAUAACAUUUCAAGCUCUAACUAUACAUGAUUAUUUUUAUCUAAUUAAUUAAUAUAAUAAUUGCAUCAUUAAGAUUGUAUCAAAGAGAUACAUUCAAUCAGAAUUAUUAUUAUAGAUAUGAUAAAAAGUGGUAAAUAUAAAUAAAUUGCUUUAUAAAAUAUUGGGUAUCAACAUUUUAUUUAAACUUAUUUAAUUAUGAUAUCUUGCUAUUCUUGCAUUCGCUGGUUAUGCCUUGUAAAUUAAUCACCCUCAUAACUAUGCACUGGUAUAAACAUUUCUGAACUUAUCAAACUUUGAACUCUGAAAGAAAAUGCUGGAUGUAAGAUUCAUAAGUAACUUAUUUCUUAGCAAAAUUGAUGCUACUUGUCUAUUAGAUAGAAUCAAAUUUCAUAUACCUAGGAUUGGAUCUCGUAAUAUACAAGUUUUUGAUAUCAGCACUCUCAAAACUAAUUAUCUAUAUAAGACCCUGUAUAAAGAAUCAUGGGUAUAAUUAACUCAGACCCAAGUCUUGUAGAUUUUUAAUCCAACUGAAGUAUAACAAUAACAUGAAUCUUAGGCUUGGACCACAAAUUAUUAUUAUAAUUUUUUUGUUUUUGAUUAAUAAUAAUAUUCAUAUUAACUGUAUUGUUUUACCAUGUUGUACUAUGUCAACUUUUAUUUGCUUUUCCCUUUGUAUAGAUUUGUUUAGGUCUUUAGGAUUUUUAAUUUCAGAUCAAUCUCAAAUAGGGUUUUGUCCAAAAUGAAUAUGCAUUUUUAAGUAGGUACUUGAAAAACUAUUAGAACUGAAAGUAAAUCUAAUCAAUAUUAUAUAGACUAUAACAAAGAAAUGAAAAUAUUGUUCAAUAAUUAAAUGAUAAUGAUAUUGUUUUAAACUCUUGUAUUAUCAUUUAUAUAAACUUUAAAUAGAUUUCAUGGAAACUAUUUAAUAUUUAUGUUUACAUAUAUUCACUAAAAAUGAUAAACUAUCUAUUAUAAUUUGUAUUUUUCAGCCAUCACAAGAAUUGUUGAAGAACCAUUAUGCCGAUCUUUCCAGCAAACCAUUCUUCCCUGGUCUUAUUGAAUACAUGUCAUCUGGACCAGUUGUGCCCAUGGUAAAUUAAACAUAUUUACAUUAUAUUUUGUAUUAUUAUCAGGGUUUGGUAUUUGUAGCUCAGCUCUUUUAAUCAGUAAAAAAGUGCCUAAUAAGCUGAAUAAUCAUUUAUAAGUGCUAAAAAAAUUUAAAACACACCUACCAAAAGUAUAUUAUUAUGUGUGUAUAUAUAUAUAUAUAUAAAAACUGUAAAAAGCCAAAAGAACACUUUCAAAUUUCAUAUUUGAACUCGUAACAUGACAUCAAUUUAAAUAGCACUCUGCUAGAUUUUAUAUCAAAGCAAUAAAAUAAGUAAAUGCUAUUAGUCCCGAACCUAGAUAAUUAUAAUGUACAUAUAUAUAUAAAUUUAUCAAUUAUAAUUGUAGGUUUGGGAAGGAUUAGAUGCAGUGAAAACUGGACGUGUCCUCCUUGGUGCCACUGAUCCGAAAAACUCUAACCCCGGCACAAUUAGAGGAGACUAUUGUAUUCAAGUUGGCCGGUAAAUAUAUAGUAUACACAUUUAGUUUUAUUUGUAAUAAUAUUAGAUUAAUAACUUAAACUAAUUUUUUACUUAUUGUUUUAAUAGUAAUAUCAUUCAUGGGUCCGAUGCUGUAGAGUCAGCAAAUAAAGAAAUUGCUCUGUGGUUUUCUGAAAAAGAAGUAAUUCAAUGGCAACAGAAUAGUUCUUCGUGGUUGUACGAAUAAACUCAAUCAAAACAUGGUAUUUUUAAUAUUUAAGUGAUAAUUGAGCUUAACACAUUUAUUGUGUCUACAUAUUUAAUGGUACAUUUAAAUAAAAACAUUUAUUAUCUUUAUG